AACCACAAGUUGAUUUCAUCUCCAAAAUCUCCGAUUUCAAUACGCUGAUCAUCUUCCCCAAUUUCAAACCCUUAUUUUCUGAUUCACGAAUCCGGCCGCCAUGGAAGAUGAUGAAGUUCUUCUCUCUUUCAAAAACCUUGGUUUAGAAGAGCAACGACAUGUUCAUGAAUCGGUGAAGGAGUCCGAGCUAACACCACCGCCGUUGGCGAGCCUGAUGGAGGUGGAGGAAAUCAUCGGAUACAGUUUUCGAAACAAGGAGUUGUUAAAGGAAGCGUUCACUCAUGGUUCUUACAAAGCCGAGGAUUGUCAAUCGUAUGAACGGCUCGAGUACUUAGGCGACUCGGUUCUCAACCAUGUGAUUGCUAAGCUACAUUAUUUUCACUACCCUGAUAUGGCGCCUGGUGAGUUGACUCGGUUGCGCGCCGCCAAUGUCGACACCGAGGCCUUGGCUCGUGCGGCAUUGAAGUAUGACCUGCAUAAAUAUCUCCGCCACCGGAAACCUCUUCUCGAUGGACAGAUUCAAGAAUUCAUGGAAGGGAUCAAUGAGUACCCAUUACAUUCGCAUGGUAUGAUUGAUCCGCCUAAAGUACUUGCCGAUAUUUUUGAGUCACUAAUUGGUGCCAUCUUCAUCGACACGGAUUCAUCAAUGGAUGCUACUUGGGAGGUCGUUGAGCGGUUGUUACAGCCCCUAAUCACUCCUGAAAACUUGAAGUUGCACCCUGUUGCGAAGUUCAAUGAAGCAUGCCAGAAGAUUGGAGUUAAACCACAAGCCAAAGACCUAUGGAACAAAACAGGGGAAAUUGAAAUCUACAUCAACAAUGAAUUUAUUGGGAGAGGAAUGUACAAGUUAAAGAAGCUGAUUGCAGUGAACAGAGCAGCAGAUGAUGCAUACAAGAACCUUUUUGAAAAGCUUGGUAAGAAAGAUGGUGGAAUUGGAGGUUAAUCAUUCAGCAUUCUGGUAAGUAACACCACAAUCUUUGUAUCAAAUUAAACGAGCUUUUACCUUCGUAAUGUACGAAGGAAAAAGCUCAUUUAUUUUGGAACGAAGAUAAUAUCUUCGAAUAAUGGCUUACGCUCUUUCUAUUUUAUUUCUCGUUAGACUCGUCCCUUGUCAUCUUGGGUUCGCUUCUGUUAUGGAACUCCGUUUUAUUGAUGG